AUGGCACCGACGGUCCGACAUUCAAUCUCUGGUCGUCCAUCACGCAGUAAACCUAGGUCAUCUCUCAAGUCACCCAACAGCGGCUCCUUCGAUUCCCCUGACGGCCCUCCUUCAAAGAAGCGAAAGUACGUUCCAGGUGGCCCCGGAGGAGGAGGAAGAUUUAUCGACUUCGACGCUGCAGCUGCAGCUGCUGCCGCCGCCGCCGCCCAAGAAACCCCCAAGAAAAAUACUCCCCGACGCCACUCCGCAAGUGCUCGAAGCCGUCUACCACGUGAGAUGGACCAACCAUUCUUAGCCCCUCCACCGCCACCUCCCAUCAUACCAACAACACCACCCUCCAUGUCGCGUCCAAGGCGCGACAAGAACCAAACGCGCGGUCGUUUCACCUCUUCCACAGCCGCCGCUCUUGCUCUUCAACAAGGCGAUGGAUACAAGCCACGGGAAGAACGCGGGUGGGAGGAGUUCCACCCCGACUUGGACAUUGAUGGCAAAAUUGCUGUCUUCACGUCUGAAGAGGUCGAUGCCCCAGAUACCUCUACUCCUAUCCUGAGCCUGGAGUCGCUGGCUGGUGCGACAGUCUCAGACCUUGCAGGAUCGCCAGUCAUCAUAUCAGGUGAAAUGGCUUCUCCAAUCCCAAUCAAACGCAGGCCUGGCCGCCCCCCUCGUCGCCCCGAGGCCAUCCUCAAUGCCCUUCUUGCCCAGCAAGGACAAAAGAUUAUACCGCCACCAGGCCCCAACCCCCGCGAGAAACUAACACUACCCAAGCCGUCGUUCAGAUUGCGUGACCCUUUCACAUUCUAUGAGAAGAAGGGUGUCGGUCAUCAAAACUAUGUCGACCGGACCAUGGCAAAUGUGGGAUACCAAGAGAGCGAUCUCUUCCUUCGCCAUGACCGGCGAUUUAUCCGAAUGACUGAAGGCACCCAAGAAGAUGACCUCGAUGUCAUUCAACCUACCACGACAGAUGGAGACCUUAACACCACAAUUGGACGUGUCGAAUAUGACAUGGAUGAGCAGGACGAAAAAUGGUUGGAAGAAUACAACGCCAAGCGCCGUGAAGAUCAGCUUGAACCCAUUAAGCCUGCAGUGUUUGAGAUUACCAUGACCAAAAUCGAGAGGGAGUGGCAUGCCCUUGAGAAGCGCAUCCCUAAGCCGAAUCCCAAACCCCCACAGACCGGGCGCCUUCGCUCUAGCUCUGCAGCUGCAGUCAAUGGCGAGACUGCUGGACCGGGCGAAGAGCAAGACAGCAAGUGUGCUAUCUGUGAUGAUGGCGAUUGUGAAAACUCAAAUGCAAUUGUUUUCUGCGAUGGUUGCGACCUUGCAGUGCAUCAGGAGUGUUAUGGUGUUCCUUUCAUCCCAGAAGGCCAGUGGCUUUGCCGCAAGUGCCAGUUGCUGGGAAGAGGUUCCACCAAUUGUAUUUUCUGCCCAAACACUGAGGGUGCAUUUAAGCAAACGACCUCAUCUAAAUGGGCUCAUCUACUCUGCUCUUUCUGGAUCCCUGAAGUUUCUAUUGGUAAUCCAUCUCUUAUGGAGCCGGUGACCGAUGUCGAAAAGGUUCCACGCAGCCGUUGGAAAUUGAAUUGCUACAUCUGCAAACAGCGGAUGGGUGCAUCCAUUCAAUGCAGCAACAAAAACUGCUUUGUAGCCUUUCAUGUCUCAUGUGCACGCAGAGCUCAACUUUAUCUGAAGAUGAAGAUUGGCCAUGGUCUUAUGGACUCCCACCUUCUCAAGGCUUUCUGUGACAAGCACGUCCCCCCUGACUGGCGAUUGGAGCAUGGCACUGAUGCUGCAACUGCCGAUGCCAUCGAGUAUUACCGCGAUACCAUGCAAGGUAGACGAUGGGGAGACAGCCAGGCCGCAGCACUCUCGAUGGGCCCGGCGCACCCUAGUGAUGGAGGAGAGGAGGACCGCACGCUCACUCCUCGCCUUACAUUAACAGUAGGUGGCAAUAAACGGAAACGUGUUCCCAGAACAAUCUGGAAGCUGCCCUCCGGUGCCCCAGUCAUCCCCCAAGUUGUGUUAAACUCAGUGAUAGCUUCUCUUGGGCGAUUCACGGUCCGCCAAAGAAAGCAAUAUGCCGAGGAUGCAUCCAAGUAUUGGACAUUGAAACGAGAGGCGAGACGUGGAGCGGCAUUGCUCAAGCGACUCCAGUUGCAGUUGGAGACCUUCUCAUCUAUGGAAAUGACACGAAGAGACUAUGUCGCAAUGGGUGUUCCCGGACACAAACGCCUGGAACGUCGCAUUGAGUUUGGUGAGCGACUUUACAAGGACCUCGAUCGAUUGAGGAUGCUAUGUGACGAAGUGAAGAAACGGGAGAGGGAGAAGUUGAAGGAUGCAGAGAUGCUCCGUAACAUUGUCGAUCUUGUCUACUUCCCUACGUUUCCACUGCUGUGGCCAAUCUUCGAGAAAGCUCAACUGCUCGAUGGAAAAGGCGUGUUUGCAGCAGGCUUGAUGUCAAUCCGACAAAGGCUCAACGAACGAUUCUAUCCGUCUGUUGCUGCCUUCUCUUCCGAUUUGGCCAGUCUUUUCACCUCAGAAAUCGGCGUGGAGCCCGCUGGCGAUACCGCGGAACUCCAAGCCCAGAUCAGUGGUCGCGCCCCGGAGCUCAGCUUGGAGCAACGCGAGAAGAGAAAAUUGGCAAAACGGAUAAUCAAAGUCAUUCAGCCUUCCCUGGAGGAUGCGAUCAGGAAAGAAAGCGAACUCAACCGCAAACCAUUCGAGAAGGAGUUGAAGGAGCUGGAUGUGAUUCUUGACCACAGUUUGAUGUCACGUAGUGGUGAUUCUGUUGAGCCGGAAGGUGAUACUGAGCUGUUUGGUCACCCUGAUGCUAUGGAAGGAGUUGAAGAGACACUUCCUACGACAGAGCUUCCAUCGGAAGCCCAGCCUACAGAUGAACAACUCCCUGAAGCAGAAGAGCUAACUCCUGCUGAAGACACCAUGAAGAGUGUUCCCACCUACUAUCGACAUCCAACGCCUGUCCUCACCGAGCAAGAUCAGCAGUUACCUUUGGCUUUGGGUGGCAUUCAAUGGUACAUGCAACCAUUUGACCCUGUCGGUACAACUGUCCACGAGGAACGGUGGACUGGACGGGAUGUCAUGCGCGGAAUGAGUGAAGAACUCAGCGAACUGGAUGAGGAUGAACUCGAAGGGUUGAAGGACUUGGUUGAUGAUGGAGACCUGAAGGGCCAGGCCACCCGCACCCCAGCUGCUUCACAACAGAAUCCCCGUCGGACUCGACGUUUGCGAGUCACGAAAUUCACGAAAUUCAACCAAAAUUCCACGCGGUUUGCACAGCUGCCUGAUUCCUCGGGUGUGUACUUCCCGGUGCUUAGCGUCCGCUCUUAUCAGCUUUCCAACUUCUCUUUCUUCCUUCUUCCAACCUACACCUUCGGUCCUUUCAUCAUGGCGGACUACGACAACGAUUCCAGCCGCUACGCGGACGAGCCUCGAUAUGAUCGCGAGCGCAGCGCCUCUCCUCGCGAUGAGCCUCGUGCCGACCGCGACCGUGCUCGCAGCCGCUCCCCCAAUGGCCGCUCUGACGAGAGAGCUCCUCUGGCUCGUAAGCCUAUCGAGGAAGACGAUGAAGGUGCCAUCAACUCUGGCUCUAACCUCUUUGUUACUGGUAUUCACCCGCGCCUGACCGAGUCUGAUAUUUCGCGUCUGUUUGAAAAGUACGGCGAUGUCGAUAACUGCUCUAUCAUGCUGGACCCUCACACCAAGGAGUCCCGUGGAUUCGGUUUCGUGAACAUGGUCACCGCCGAGCAGGCUGAUGCCGCCAAGGAGGGUCUCCAGGGUGAGGUCAUUGAAGGUCGCACUCUGAGCAUCGAGAAAGCUCGUCGUGCCCGUCCUCGUACCCCUACUCCCGGAAAGUACUUUGGUCCUCCCAAGCGUGAUGGCCCAGGUGGUCCCCCCGGUGGUCCCGGUGGUGGUGGUCGUGGAGGUGGUCCCCGCCGUGACCGUUACGAUGAUCGCCGUGGCCCCUCCGGUGGCGGCUGGCGUCGUCGCGAUGAUGACUACUCCCGCUACGGUCGCUACGACUCUUACAACGAUCGCCGUGAUUAUGGCCGUGACUACGGACGUGACUAUGGCCGUCGUGACUACGGUGGUGGUGGUGGCGGCGGCGGUGGCCGUGAGUAUGGUGGUCGCCGCGAAUCGCGUGACGACUACGGAUACCGUGGUGGUGGUGACCGCUACGGCGGUGGCCGUGAUGACCGUUACAGCCGUGAUGAACGUCGUGGAGGUGGUGAGGAAUCUCGCGGCAGCGGUGGUGGCGGCGGUGGUGGUUACUACGACCGUGAUGCCAACCCUCCUAGCUUCGAUGCUGCCGGCCCUCCCCGUGAGGCUCGUGACCCCUACACUGGUGGUGGUGGACGUUCCUACGAAGGCCAAGCACGCAGCAGCACCGGUGGUGCUCCUGGCGGCGGUGGCAGCGGCGGCGGCGGCGGCGGCGGCGGCGAGGAUCGGUACGCUGGCAGGUAA